GUGAGUAAUAAUCAUGUGAUUGUGAGUAAUAACAUGUGAUUGUGAGUGAUAUUAUGUUAGAUUGGAUGUGAUCAUGUGAUUGUGAGUUGAAACAUGCGACUGUUGAAACGACAACGACCACCGUGGUUUAUUUAUCAACAAGCGAACCUUCGACCACACCCGGUGUUACCGAGGUGAAAACAACCAAGCAUGUGCAACCAACUGAAACCACCAUCAUUGUGACAUCACCAUAUGGAACAACAGAUACUGUGACGCAACAAUCAACAAAUGUUGAACCAGAAACAACAACAACUUUCAUGGAAACAACAAAUAUUCCAGCAAUUAACGCAACUACUGGUGAGUCCUCAACCACAUCGAAGGUAUAUCGGUCCACCUCGGUAAUGACAACGACAACCAUGGAAGACACAACGAUUCAACUUUGUGAUGAACCCAUGGAUUUGGAAGAGGUUGCUCGUGACAACGGAAUUACUGCGUCUUCAUCCAAACCAAACCAAAGCCCUGAUGACGUCAUAAUGACAAACAAUCGAUCAUCGUCAUGGUCACCUAACGAUGAUGACGUCACUCCUUACAUAGAAAUCAUAUUUCCAUCACUUAUCAAAAUAACAUCUCUCAUUACACAAGGUGGCGGCAACGGGCAGUUUGUUUCAAAGUUUUCACUUCAAACUUCCCCAAGUGAUGCCAAUGAGCUAACUGACGUGAUAAUCAACAAUGACGAAGUUGAAUUGUUUGAUGGAAACACUGAUGACGUCAUAGUGACACAACAUCCAUUCCCCAUCCCCCUAGUUGCCAUGGUAAUAAGGAUCUACCCAAUCAAAACAACACCCGACGCAAAGGUCAGUUUAAGGCUUGAGGUUCGUGGGUGUUUGGUGGGAUCCGAACCCACUACCCCUGUGACCAUUGAAACAACCAAGCAACAAGUCACCACUGUUACCCAACCCAUUGAUACAACUAUCACGCAAUCAACCACUAUAAGCCCAACAGAAGUUUCGAAUCAAACUGUGAACAAAGUCACAACAACAACAACUGUUGUCACCCCGAUCCAAACUAAUGAGGCAACAACAACCACGAGUGUAACUGCUCCAGUAAGAACAACAACAGUGGUUGUAACAAAUGAAAUGGAAACAUCAGCUUUGACAACAACAGGUGUUCCACCAGGAGUAUGCGAUGAACCGAUGGGAUUGGCUUAUUCACCUGAAAUAAUUGGGCCAAAUAUACAAGUGUCGAGCAAUCAUGAACAAAGCGAGAGUGUAAGAUUGAACUAUGUUGAUGAAGACAACGUACCAGUGGUGUGGAAACCAAGUGUUGAAGAUACAAAUCCAUGGGUUGUUGUGGUGUUUAAACAACCAGUGUUCGUAACAUCCAUUGUUUUGCAAGGAUCUUUACUUGAUGGAUCGUAUGUUUCAACUUUUACCUUACAAUAUUCAACGAAUGAAGGAGUUACUUGGAUAACUGUGGAUGACAAUGAAGAGAAUGUGAAGCAUUUCGUUAAAGAUUCAUCUUCACAAAGCAUAAUCAAACUACCAACCCCAUUAAGCCUGGUAACUUCAUUGAAGGUAAACCCACAAACAUGGAACCAAUUUUCUUCCCUUCAACUAGAGGUUAGAGGUUGUUACAAAGUUGUGACUACCACCACUUCCAAGAGUGUCACCACCGAAGUUACCACUGAAGCACCAACAACCCAUAAAACAACAACCCAUGAAACAACGAAACCUGGAUUAAUAACAACCCCUCCACCUACUCCACCGCCAUCAAUUCCUACCACAAUCUUUUCCAAGUUUACAACAAGACCAUCCCAAACGACCACCAGCGUCGGCGGGCCAUCCCAAACGACCACAAGUGUCGGCGGGCCAUCCCAAACGACCACCAGCGUCGGCGGGCCAUCCCAAACGACCACCAGCGUCGGCGGGCCAUCCCAAACGACCACCAGCGUCGGCGGGCCAUCCCAAACGACCACCGGUGUUGGCGGACCAUUCCAAACGACCACCAGCGCGGGCGGGCCAUCCCAAACGACCACUGGUGUUGGCGGGCCAUCCCAAACGACCACCGGUGUUGGCGGACCAUUCCAAACGACCACCAGCGCGGGCGGGCCAUCCCAAACGACCACUGGUGUUGGCGGGCCAUCCCAAACGACCACCGGUGUUGGCGGGCCAUCCCAAACGACCACCAGUGUAGGCGAACCAUCCCAAACGACCACCAGCGCCGGCGGGCCAUCCCAAACGACCACCAGUGUAGGCGAACCAUCCCAAACCACCACCGGCGUCGGCGGGCCAUCCCAAACGACCACCAGCGCCGGCUGGCCAUCCCAAACGACCCCCAGUGUAGGCGGGCCAUUCCAAACGACCACCAGCGCCGGCGGGCAAUUCCAAACGACCACCAGUGUAGGCGGACCAUCCCAAACGACCACCAGCGCCGGCGGGCCAUCCCAAACGACCACCAGCGCCGGCGGGCCAUCCCAAACGACCACCAGCGUCGGCGGGCCAUCCCAAAACGAACACCGCGCGGGCGGUCCAUCCCAUACGACCACCGGUGUUGUCGGGCCAUCCCAAACGACCACCAGCGACGGCGGGCCAUCCCAAACGACCCCCAGUGUAGGCGAACCAUCCCAAACGACCACCAGCGUCGGUGGACCAACCCAAACGACCACCAGUGUAGGCGGGCCAUCCCAAACGACCACCAGCGUUGGCGGGCCAUCCCAAACGACCACCAGUGUAGGCGAACCAUCCCAAACGACCACCAGCGCCGGCGGGCCAUCCCAAACGACCACCAGUGUAGGAGAACCAUCCCAAACGACCACCAGCGCCGGCGGGCCAUUCCAAACGACCACCAGCGUAGGCGAGCCAUCCCAAACGACCACCAGCGUCGGCGGGCCAUCCCAAACGACCACCGGUGUUGGCGGACCAUUCCAAACGACCACCAGCGCGGGCGGGCCAUCCCAAACGACCACCAGUGUUGGCGGGCAUCCCAAACGACCACCAGUGUAG